CCAUUGUUCUAUACCAGACAAGACUCUAAAAUCCACCAUUAUCGUUAGGGUUUAAGACCUCGUACAACUCUCUUCUUCACACAACAACCUCGUUAAACCCUAACACCACAAUGACAACCUUAAACCCUGUCUGUUCCAAACCAAACAAAAUCCAAAAACAAUUCUUUAACCUUAAUCAUCGUCCAAUUUAUGCUAAACCCAUUUCUUGUCUCUCUUUCAAAACCCCAUUUUCACCUUCUUUUUUCUCCAUCAAAGCCUCACAAAACCCUAAAAUCCCAAAACCCAUUAACCCUAAUGAAAAACCCCAAAAUAACCCAUUUUUUAGUUCAUUCUUAAAACCCACAUUAAUUGCAACAAUUACUGCAACUACCCUUUUGUUUGCAAGAUUCAUUUUUUACCCAAAACCUGCAUUUUCUUCACCAAAAGUUAUGCAAACUGAUGUUAAAGAAACAGUUUCAAAUGAGGAAAAAGAAAAAGAAAUUCAAGAACAUCUUGUUUCUAACCCUGAUGACGUGGAAGCAUUGAGGGCAUUAAUGGAAAUUUACAUAAAAAACAAGAAAAUGCUUGAAGCUAUUGGUGUUAUUGAUAGGUUGAUUGAAAUCGAACCGAAUGAACCCGAAUGGCCAUUAUUGAAAUCCCAUUUGUAUGUUAACUUUGGUGAGGUUGAAUUAGCUAAAUUUGGGUUCAAUGAGAUAUUAAAAAAGGACCCUUUACGCGUCGAGGCGUAUCAUGGACUAGUUAUGGCUGCUUCGCAAGAUGAAUCGAUCGAGGAGAUAAAGGAAAUCGAGAAAAAAGUCGAGGAGGGGAUGAAGUUGUGUAAGAAGGAGAAUAAAAAGAGUGAUUUGAGGGAUUUUAAGUUGUUGUUAGCACAAAUUCGAGUGAUCGAAGGGAAAUAUGAAGAUGCAUUGAAGGUUUAUCAAGAGUUAGUUAAAGAGGAGCCUAGGGAUUUUAGGCCUUAUUUGUGUCAAGGGAUAAUAUAUACAUUGUUGAGGAAAAGUAAUGAGGCUGAGAAAUGUUUCGAGAAGUAUAGGAGACUUGUACCACAAGGGCAUCCGUAUGCUAGGUAUUUCGAUGAGAAUAUGAUUGCGACAAAGGUUUUUGCACAGAAGGUAGAGAAUGAGAGAGCUGGCUCAAAAAGUUGAAUGAGAAAAAAGGCUUUGGUUCUGUUGAAGUUCAGAUUGGAUGGUAAAGGAUCUGACUCUGGUGCGGUAAUAUUUUUAGAGGGUCCAAGCACAUAACUUAUGACCACUUGUGUGAAAUACUCAUCAUUGAAGUUAUGCCGAUCAUGAUGGAGUGCCUUGUUGAUGUUUCCAUUUUGCUCUCCUUCUUCUUGUACGCACCUGGACUGUUAUCGGGUAUAUGCUACCUUCCAACGCAAGUGCUGGAGAGCUUUCCUUUUGUUGUCCUGUGUUCACGUAUAUUCAAAGGGAAAUUUAUUUCUCACUGUGAAUUCCAAAGUUAAGCUACCCCUUUGGAUAGAGAGGAUUUGGCUCUAUCUAUUCCAAAUUCAUAGGUUGAACUUAUAUAUUCCCUAAAUAUC